AUGACUGUUCAGGAGGUGACUGUCCGUGAAGUGACUGUCCAUGAAGUGACUGUCCGUGAAGUGACUGUCCACAAAGUGACUGUCCGUGAAGUGACUGUCCGUAAAGUGCCUGUCCGUGAAGUGACUGUCCGUGAAGUGACUGUCCGCAAAGUGACUGUCCAUGAAGUGACUGUCCACAAAGUGACUGUCUGCAAAGUGACUGUCCGUGAAGUGACUGUCCGUGAAGUGACUGUCCGCAAAGUGACUAACCAUGAAGUGACUGUCCACAAAGUGACUGUCUGCAAAGUGACUGUCCGUGAAGUGACUGUCCGUGAAGUGACUGUCCACAAAGUGACUGUCCAUGAAGUGACUGUCCGCAAAGUGACUGUCCAUGAAGUGACUGUCCGUGAAGUGACUGUCCGUGAAGUGACUGUCCGCAAAGUGACUGUCCGUGAAGUGACUGUCCGCAAAGUGACUGUCCGUGAAGUGACUGUCCGUGAAGUGACUGUCCGUGAAGUGACUGUCCACAAAGUGACUGUCCAUGAAGUGACUGUCCGCAAAGUGACUGUCCAUGAAGUGACUGUCCACAAAGUGACUGUCCGUGAAGUGACUGUCCGCAAAGUGACUGUCCGUGAAGUGACUGUCCGCAAAGUGACUGUCCGUGAAGUGACUGUCCGCAAAGUGACUGUCCGUGAAGUGACUGUCCGUGAAGUGACUGUCCACAAAGUGACUGUCCAUGAAGUGACUGUCCGCAAAGUGACUGUCCAUGAAGUGACUGUCCACAAAGUGACUGUCCGUGAAGUGACUGUCCGCAAAGUGACUGUCCGUGAAGUGACUGUCCGCAAAGUGACUGUCCGUGAAGUGACUGUCCGCAAAGUGACUGUCCGUGAAGUGACUGUCCACAAAGUGACUGUCCAUGAAGUGACUGUCCGCAAAGUGACUGUCCAUGAAGUGACUGUCCACAAAGUGACUGUCCGUGAAGUGACUGUCCGCAAAGUGACUGUCCAUGAAGUGACUGUCCUGACUGUCCACAAAGUGACUGUCCACAAAGUGACUGCCCGUGAAGUGACUGUCCGCAAAGUGACUGUCCAUGAAGUGACUGUCCACAAAGUGACUGUCCGUGAAGUGACUGUCCGCAAAGUGACUGUCCAUGAAGUGACUGUCCGCAAAGUGACUGUCCGCAAAGUGACUGUCCGCAAAGUGACUGUCCGCAAAGUGACUGUCCGCAAAGUGACUGUCCACAAAGUGACUGUCCACAAAGUGUCUGUCCGUGAAGUGACUGUCCACAAAGUGACUGUCCUGACUGUCCGUAAAGUGACUGUCCGUGAAGUGACUGUCCGCAAAGUGACUGUCCGUGAAGCGACUGUCCGCAAAGUGACUGUCCGCAAAGUGACUGUCCGCAAAGUGACUGUCCGCAAAGUGACUGUCCGUGAAGUGACUGUCCGUAUAAUGAGCCCUUGA